UUUGGGGCCCUAACCUCCUUGGGGCCUUGGGCCCUGGGCCGAAGGCCUUCCUACACCGUGGCCGAAGCGCCGAAUGCUGCAGCUGCCGUCGGCUCUGACUGCCGUGCCGCAGCCCACAUCGCAGCGCUGGCAGCCUCGUAGCUUGCUACGAUGUGUUGUUUUCCUGUGUUAUCUGGUCGCAGUUUCCUACAGCGGUUUCUUCGUGUAUGUUUAUGCGACUGAAGACGCCAAAGCAUGGGGAAAAAGUGCUUUGUGCCUCGGUGCAAAUCGGGAUAUGACUCGUGCAACGAGAAAGUGUCUCUUUUUUCCGUGCCCAAGACGGAGGACCGCCUCGAGGUCUGGCGGCGCGCGAUCGGGCGUAAAGAUCGCGUGCUGCAGGCAACAGACUGUGUCUGCGAGAAACAUUUCGAGGCAAAGUUCGUCUCGAAAUUUUGGGAAGCGGUUUACAAGGGACACGUCCUGAUGUCUUCGCCACGGAAGCCUUGUCUGGCGAGUGACGCGGUACCGACGAAGUUCCCGGGCUGCACGAAUCCCAGUACCUCUAGCAACUCGAAGAAGAAUGUGAAAACAAGGAUGAGACCCGGGGACCGCCGGCGUCCCCCUGCUGCCACGCGGCGCCGUGUCACGAAGGGAUAUUCAAAGAACUCGCGUGCGCUCGUCAAGGGCAAAUCUUUUUCAGAUCCUUCACCGGCAUGUAGCGUGGGCAACAAAAAUGCAACCGCAAGUUGCGCCGAAUCGGAGACGAAACUUCUCGAGGAAGUUCCUGGGAAGGCAGAGAGUGGACCAAACUGUCCUAAGGUUGAGGUCAACAGCUUGAGAACGGUUGGGUUCUGCGAGUUGCACCUGACUAGUACAGCAGCGACACUUCCAGAUGCUGUCGAGCGACAUGAAGCACCCUCCAUUUCAGCCUGCCAGGGUCGUCAUUGUGAAGGCACUGAUGGCCUGACCUUUUCCCAUGGUCUUGUGAGCACGGACCUUGCAACCACCAUUGUGGUGAAGACAGAGUUAGACGAUGUGCUUGGUGUUCCCUAUGGCGAAGGCGCUUACUGUCUUUCCCCCUCUCGCAACCACCUGGAGCAAGGUGCAACAUCGUUUAUUGUGAUAAAGAAAGGCAUGUUCUCUUCACAACUCUUUUGUAAAAAAUAG